CCCGGGAUGUUUCCUUUGGCUCGUAUCGGGCGGUCGUCUUGAUGUCAUGAGGCGAAAAGAUAGAAAGAGAACCUCGACAGUGGUUACCCCUUGACUUCUUUAUCUCUCACUCACUCCAGUUAGUUUACAAUUACCAACCCUCGAAUCCUCCACGCAUAACGACGGUAUACAAUGUCUCUCUGCAAAAUAACCCCGCUCCUCUGGUUCAACAAUGAAGCCGAAGAAGCCGCUGAAUUCUACACCUCCAUCUUCCCCAACUCCAGCAUCACAACAAUCCAACAUUACACAGACGCCGGAAAAGAGCACCACGGCCGCGAGCCCGGCAGCGUCAUGGUCGUCGAAUUCACAUUACUCAACGGACAGCACACAUUUACGGCUUUGAACGGGGGACCGCAGUUCCACUUCUCGGAAGCCAUUUCGUUCCAGAUUGACUGUGAAGACCAGGCGGAGGUUGAUUAUUACUGGGACGCGUUGGCUGACGGCGGGGAUGAGAGUCGGCAGCGGUGUGGGUGGGUGAUUGAUCGGUUUGGGUUGGCGUGGCAGGUGAUUCCGAGCGGGUUGAAGGAGAUGUUGGGGGAUGAUCGGGACUUGGAGAGGAGGGCUCGGGUGACGGAGGAGAUGAUGGAGAUGAAGAAGUUGGAUGUUGCAAGGCUUGUGAGGGCGUAUGAGGGGGUGUAG